UCAUGUCCCAUGGUGCCCCGAGACUGCUGGGACGACACCUUCAAAGACGGCCCCCGAGCGUCAGAAAGGCUGCAAACGGAGCUGAGAGCUGUGGGCCGUGGACUGGAGACAGGAAGAGGACGACUGAGCAAUUAGACAUCGGCCAACCCCACCCAACCUCAGCUACACCCAGCAUGGCUACGGCGAGCAGCUCAGGGCAGAGCGCAUUCGGGCUCGGGAGGAAAAAGAAGAACCCUGGACUCAUGGAUCAGAUUAGCAAAUUCUUUGGGGGAGACAAAAAGAAAAGGAGCAAGGGGUCGUUCCGGGGUCACCUGGCCUCCUCGCCCCAACAAUCCUCCGCUCGCCGCCGGACCAAUGAAAACGCUGUGGUGCAUUUCUUCAGGAGCAUUGUUUCCUCUCCUCGUCCUAAAUCCAGGUGGAGAGAUGUCUUGGGCUUGGCCUCGUCGCCACGUGCUGAGAGCGCAAAGUCGCCGGUCAGGAGACGCAGAGACCAAAGCACACUGUCCAGACUCUUCAACCUGUGAUGCUCCCAUCAGAGAUCAGGAGAAACCAAGUCCCGUCCACCCCCCAAACGCUGGAGCACCAUCUUCUAAGCUCUCCGCCGAGGACCAAACCACAGACCCAAUGCCGAUGGGACGAGACGAGGGAGGAGACACAGAUCAGCAGGCGGCGGCGGACUCACAACCUCAAGAAACUUUAACUCACUAACACCAAGCUUUGUGAAUCUUUAGACACUGACACUGUGUAGACUUCACUCUCUGGGGUCUGUUCUCCUUUUAAUCCGGGUAUCUUGUCUUUAUAAUUUGUUUAUGACAGGUUUGGCAAAGCUUUAACUUAAAUAUCCGACUGUAAAAAUCACGUUGUUCUGAUGGUGCCACUGUCUGCUGUCUGAUUUUCUAUUCGUCGUCUGCAUUUUGUACACGAGUGACGCUUUUUGUAUCUCGCUGCUUCCUCCGCUCACACCAACCAAAAACACGGGACGUCUCCACAGAGUGAGCUUCUGCUUGUGCUUGAUUUGUACUUGAUAUUGUUUUGAUAUAACAGCUUUGUUUGGGAUUAUUAAACAUGUACAGUUUGUCAAAUGAGAAGAAUGAAAAUGCCCUUUUAAAUGCACUGAUAAUAACACAAGUGUAAAUACAUCUGGUCCCACAUAGUAGCUUUAGCAUCAUCUCAUUUAUUAUUAUUAUUAUUAUUAUUGUACGUGAUCUGUUUGCGUCUUAUAUUAAGUUUGAGGUUUUAAUGUCGUUUGUGUUUUAUUUUGAAAGGCUUGUUUGAGUCGAUGGUGGGAUCGUAAGUGUUUUAAGGCGGAAGCAGCGAGAGGAGCAGCAGGAGUUUUCGUGCUAAAGGACGGGAUGUUGAUUUUAAAUGUUCUGAGGUAUAAUGGUCAUUUUCUUUUGUGUUCGUAGUGAAUUGGAUCACGGUUCUCGUUUGUACACGAUCUGUUUGUGAGUUCGCUCUAACUGUGUCGUAAAGACGUCUUUUUCUGAGGUUGCUGACAUGUUGGUGCUACAGGAGCAGAAAACUGAGUGUUGUGUUUCCACGUUAUGUAAAACUCUUGGUUUUUAAUGUUCAACCUAACUGGAAAUAAACAUCUUUUGUCGUCUCUUA